UUAUUCGUUCGCGGCUACGUUCAGGGGGUUCCACCACAAUAUCACGAGUGGUGAUGAUAAUUCGGUGAUAUAUCGUGAACGUACGAAAUACGUCAAAAUUUACAGUCUAUAGACAAUAAAUCUGUCGGUACUUAAUUUUGCGUGAAGCUAUAUUGCAUCUGUGCAGCUCCCCACAAAUUUCCUGGUUACGUAAUGCGCUUGUGAGUGAGUUUAUUUUUCAAACUUUUUUAUGAAUUAGUCGCGAGACUUUGGUGAUAAGAGGCGAGACAUGUGCGCGACAAGUUGGAAGUGUUGAGCUCCUCCGUAAAAUGCAGUCCAUUUAUUGGACUGGGAGGGUGCUCUCUCGUGCAAUUUGGAACGGAUUCACGAAUUUCUCGGCAAUUGCCGAGCCGAACGUUGCAAAGAAGCGCGAGGCGUCCCUUGUCUCGGCAGUUUGCGGUUUUCCAAAGGACUUUGCCCGUGCUCGAAUGCCCAAGGGUCAAUUCGGCGACGAUGCUUGGUUUAGUGCUAAAUUUAAGGCUGUGGAAGUUAUUGGCGUAGCCGAUGGCGUGGGUGGUUGGAUACACUACGGAAUAGAUCCAGGAGAAUUUUCCAGUUUUCUCAUGAGGACAUGUGAGAGGCUAGUUAACUUGGGAAAAUUUACCCCUACGGAACCAGCGGGUUUAUUAGCGCGCAGUUAUUACGAAUUACUCGAAAACAAACAACCAAUAUUAGGUAGCAGUACUGCAUGUGUUAUUGUUUUUAAUAAGGAAACCAGCAGUAUCUAUGCAGCGAACAUAGGAGAUAGCGGAUUUGUUGUUGUUCGAAAAGGAGAAGUGGUGCACCGUUCGUCGGAACAACAACAUUAUUUUAACACACCUUUUCAGUUGUCUCUUCCCCCACCUGGACACUCUGAUCAAGUCCUCAGUGAUAGCCCGGAAUCUGCCGACACGUCGAGUUUUGGCGUCGAGGACGGCGAUGUGAUUCUUCUGGCAACAGAUGGGGUGUUCGACAAUGUGCCUGACCAGUUGCUAGUCACUGAGAUGCGUAAAAUUCAGGGCGAGCGUGAUCCUUGCAAGAUACAAGGUGUCGCAAACACAAUCGCAUGGAUGGCGCGCACUCUAGCUUUCGACGGAGCAUUUAUGUCUCCAUUUGCGAAAAACGCUAGAGAAAAUGGAAUAGAUGCUAUAGGAGGAAAGCCUGACGAUAUAACGGUGCUGCUAGCGACCGUAGCGAUGUGAAAAUGAAACGAAUUGUAUAAUAGUGCUCCCCAAUCAUUGUAUUAUAUUCCAUGUCAUUGCAUAUAAUGUAACUAGUUACACAUGACUGUAAGCUCGUACGAUUUCUUAUUUCUUAUUUAAUGUUAAAUAAAUACGGUUCAAAAAAAGAAAAUAACUUCUUCUCACACAUUCGCAUUUUCUCUAUCCAUUUGUGAAAAGUGACUGCGAAUGAUCGUCACUAGUGGUCUUCAAGAGAAGCGAAAAGAACAAAAGCUGAAGGAAACAAGUUUUUUAUCGUGUUUUUCAAUUUGUCGUUUGCAGGACAUGGAAAACGUAGUGGUGCAUCUCGUGCAUCUUUGUCGUAGGUUUACGUUAAUAGAUUGUUAUUAGGAAAACAAAUUGCGAAGCGAUACAUAAUGAACUGAAAAAAUGGUGAUAAAUAAAAAUUAUUAUUAUCUUACAA